CUUCUUUCACAUGCGGAGUGGUCCAGCGCGAGGAGAAAUCGUACUGCGGCAAGCUGUUACAGCUGUUACCGGGCCGCGGAGGGAUACAGGCGCCCGGAAGGGAGGGUAGUGCGGCUCGCGAGUUAGUUACGCCGGUCUUUUCGGGCUGAUGCUCUGCAUGAGAGCGAGACGUUUCUUUUUAAAACAAGGCACUCGAACCACGGCCAGGCUGGUCGUAGACGUUUUCGCCGAGCUUUAAUUUGCGAGAGCCGUUUGAGGAACGGCAACUUCUCGGUGACGCACUCACCUUAAGCCUCCGUUGCAUUCCCCGUUGUCUUGCCUCAAGACUGGUCGUAGCACCAUUUUCUCUUUACUCCCCCCUUUUUCCCCUUCCCAUCCGCCGCAAGACGUUUUAAGGGCGCUCCAGCGGAGUAGGCACGAACCAGCGAGGAGGACAAGAAUUGUGACUGCGCCAACAUGGGGUAUGGCCGGUCAGACAGUUACCGCGUUGCCACCACACAGGACAAAGAUGACCGAUCCCCCAAGAAGAAGAAGGGGGCGACGGCAACCAAGGACAUGGACGACCUGAAGAAGGAAGUGCCCAUUACGGAACACAAGAUGUCCGUAGAAGAGGUGUGCAGGAAAUUCCAGACAGACAUUGUCCAGGGAUUGACCAAUGCCAAGGCGGCAGAGUUUCUGCUCAGGGAUGGCCCCAAUGCCCUGACCCCGCCUCCCACCACACCGGAGUGGGUCAAGUUCUGUCGCCAGCUCUUCGGCGGCUUCUCCAUCUUGUUGUGGAUCGGCGCCAUCCUCUGCUUCCUGGCCUACGCCAUCCAGGCUGCCACAGAGGACGACCCCGCCGGAGACAACUUGUACCUUGGUAUCGUGCUCACGGCCGUCGUUGUCAUCACCGGUUGCUUCUCCUAUUUCCAAGAGGCCAAGAGCUCCAAAAUCAUGGAGUCUUUCAAGAACAUGGUGCCCCAGCAAGCGCUGGUGAUCCGAGAGGGCGAGAAGGUGCAGAUCAACGCGGAAGAAGUGGUGGGCGGAGAUCUGAUUGAAGUCAAGGGGGGUGACAGGAUCCCCGCCGACAUCCGGGUGGUUUCGGCGCACGGCUGCAAGGUGGAUAACUCCUCCCUGACGGGCGAGUCGGAGCCUCAGAGCAGGUCGCCCGACUGCACCCACGACAACCCCUUGGAAACACGAAAUGUGGCUUUCUUCUCAACCAACUGUGUGGAAGGCACGGCCCGCGGCAUCGUAAUCUGCACCGGAGACCGCACGGUCAUGGGUCGCAUCGCCACGCUGACGUCCGGCCUGGAGACGGGCAAGACCCCCAUCGCCAAGGAGAUUGAGCACUUCAUCCACAUUAUCACGGGCGUGGCCGUCUUCCUGGGCAUCACCUUCUUCAUCCUGGCCCUCAUCCUGGGCUACAGCUGGCUGGAGGCCGUUAUCUUCCUCAUCGGCAUCAUUGUGGCCAACGUGCCCGAAGGCCUGCUGGCCACCGUCACCGUGUGUCUGACCCUGACCGCCAAGCGCAUGGCCAAGAAGAACUGCCUGGUGAAGAACUUGGAAGCUGUGGAGACGCUGGGCUCCACGUCCACCAUCUGCUCUGACAAGACCGGCACUCUGACCCAGAACAGGAUGACCGUGGCCCACAUGUGGUUUGACAACCAGAUCCACGAGGCCGACACCACCGAAGACCAGUCCGGUGCCUCGUUCGACAAGAGCUCGGUGACGUGGCAGUCACUGGCCCGUAUCGCCUCCCUGUGCAACCGCGCCCAGUUCAAGGCGGGUCAGGACUCUGUGGCCAUCCUCAAGCGCGACGUGGCGGGUGACGCCUCCGAGUCGGCCCUGCUCAAGUGCAUUGAGCUGUCCUGCGGCUCGGUCCGGAUGAUGCGCGAGAAGAACAAGAAGGUGGCCGAGAUCCCCUUCAACUCCACCAACAAGUACCAACUCUCCGUACAUGAGACAGAGGACCCCAACGACAACCGCUACUUGCUGGUGAUGAAGGGAGCCCCCGAGAGGAUCCUGGAUCGCUGCUCCACCAUUUUGCUGCAGGGUAAAGAGCAGCCCAUGGACGAGGAGUUGAAGGAGGCCUUCCAGAACGCCUACAUGGAGCUGGGAGGGCUGGGAGAGCGAGUGUUGGGCUUUUGCCACCUCAUGCUGCCAGAGGACCAGUACCCGAAGGGCUUCGCCUUCGACACGGAUGACGUCAACUUCCAGACGGACAACCUUUGCUUUGUGGGCCUCAUAUCCAUGAUUGACCCUCCCCGCGCCGCUGUGCCCGACGCCGUGGGCAAGUGUCGAUCUGCCGGUAUCAAGGUCAUUAUGGUCACCGGGGAUCAUCCGAUCACAGCCAAGGCCAUUGCCAAGGGAGUGGGCAUCAUCUCCGAGGGCAAUGAGACGGUGGAGGACAUCGCCGCUCGGCUCAACAUUCCCGUCAGCCAAGUCAACCCCAGGGAUGCCAAGGCUUGCGUUAUCCAUGGAACUGACCUGAAGGAGCUCUCCCAGGAUCAAAUGGACGACAUCUUAAGGAACCACACUGAAAUUGUCUUUGCCAGAACCUCCCCUCAGCAAAAACUCAUCAUUGUGGAAGGCUGCCAGAGACAGGGUGCUAUCGUGGCAGUAACGGGCGACGGCGUGAAUGACUCCCCUGCCCUGAAAAAGGCAGACAUUGGCGUCGCCAUGGGAAUCUCCGGCUCCGACGUGUCCAAACAAGCUGCUGACAUGAUCUUGCUGGACGACAACUUUGCCUCCAUCGUCACUGGAGUAGAAGAAGGCCGUCUGAUCUUUGAUAACCUGAAGAAGUCCAUCGCCUACACGCUGACUAGCAACAUUCCAGAGAUCACGCCCUUCCUCUUCUUCAUCAUUGUCAACAUUCCUCUGCCGCUGGGCACCAUCACCAUCCUCUGCAUUGACCUGGGUACCGACAUGGUACCAGCUAUCUCGCUGGCCUACGAAGCGGCGGAGAGCGACAUCAUGAAGCGCCAGCCCAGGAACCCCUUCAGGGACAAGCUGGUGAACGAGCGCCUCAUCAGCAUUGCCUACGGACAGAUCGGUAUGAUCCAGGCCCUGGGCGGCUUCUUCGCCUACUUUGUCAUCCUGGCCGAGAACGGCUUCCUGCCCAGUCGCCUGGUGGGAAUCCGCCUGGACUGGGACGACCGCGCCUGCAACGACUUAGAGGACAGCUACGGGCAACAAUGGACAUAUGAGCAGAGGAAGAUCGUGGAGUUCACGUGCCACACGGCUUUCUUCGUCAGCAUUGUGGUGGUGCAGUGGGCCGACGUCAUCAUCUGCAAGACCAGACGCAACUCCGUCUUCCAGCAGGGCAUGAAGAACAAGAUCUUAAUCUUCGGCCUGUUUGAGGAGACGGCCCUGGCUGCCUUCCUGUCCUACUGCCCGGGGAUGGAUGUGGCCCUCAGGAUGUACCCCCUCAAGCCUUCCUGGUGGUUCUGCGCCUUCCCUUACAGUUUCCUCAUCUUUGUUUAUGAUGAAAUUCGAAAGCUCCUCAUCCGCCGGAACCCUGGAGGUUGGGUGGAGAAGGAGACAUAUUAUUGAUCGUCGGAGCAUCUUGUUGCUCAUCACCCCCCUCCAAACCUUCCCCCUUCCUCCCUCAUCUUCUCCCACUUACUUCACCCUCUCCAACUGCCCUGCCCCUCCCCUGUCCAAGACAAAGAAAACAACAACGCUUUAAAGCAAUUGUCAUCCCAACUGCCCCAAAGAUUCAAAACGGCAAACGCACCUUUACAACUUUCGACAUACACUGACUCCAGCCCUCCCUCACUUGCCCCUCCCCCUGUCACCGCCCCCUCCCUUAUGGUAGUCUUUGCAUGUGUUCUUUCACUGCUGUGUACAUAAACCAGUAUAAUAAUAAUAAUAAUAUCUACCAAACGGCAGCUGCAUAUUGUCUUAUGUAGAUUCCAAGGAGCCGACUCAGCUGAAAAAGGGCCACCCUGCUAAUCCCCCCCCACACACACACAGACACACACAAAUAGCCACCACACUUACCGACUCCCACUUGCGCCACAGUGUUGUAGUUGUGUUUAUUAUUUGAAAUAUGUCAAGUAGGGGGACUGAUUUACAGAUUAUUUUUUUUUUUUUUUAAAUCUAUUAUCAUGAUGGAGUGGUGGGGGAGGACACCGAGGCACCCCACACCGCACCUCUGGUCUCCCUCCUCUCCCUGUUUGUCUCUCGUUUGUGUACACUGUGUGACAGCAUUGUUCUUGUUCUCACUAUGAAACCGCCACCCUCCCGUACAUCAACAAUCUUUCUGUGUGCUCUAGGAAAUCUAUAUAAUUCUAUACUGAAUUUAAAAUGGCACCCAUACAAUAAAAGAUGAGAAAUGUUGAAGAAAAAAAACCUAAUUAGUAAACAGCCCUUUUUCUGGUACUUUUGGCCUGUUCUGUUUCAAAAUGGACGCCACUGGUGUAGGUGUGUGCUGCGAUGAUGAUUAUGUAGGAUGAGGAUGAUUGUCCUGGUCCGCAUGUGUGCGCGUGUGUGUGUCUCAGGCUGGCUGCUUUAAGGUUGACGUCCGACAUCAAUUGAAAAGAUCCAAACAAAGUAAGAAAGAACAUGUGUGACAAAGAAAUGAAAGCAACACCAAUAAAACAGCUAGAAACAUUUAAUACAA